CUACACGCUAAACGCUCACACAGAUAACUUUCCAUUCUUGUGUGAGUUUGGUGUUUCUCUUUUCUUUUCCUCAGCCCCUCCCUCCUACCCUUCACAGGUCUUCUCUUGAAGUGAAUUUCAGCUUAACUUGGAGAUUCUCUUCCCUGUAGUUGAGGGGAAAGCCCCCCCUGCUUUUCCCAUCACUCCGGAGGGGGCGGAGCCUUCUGUGAGCAGCUUGGAAGUGAGCUUGCCUGGCCAGUCCUGGGGGAGGGGCUGCAUUUCAGGACACUGCAGCUGACAAGAAGCUUCAAGGUUACCUGGGCAGACUGCAUGUGAUGCCAGUUAAGCCCCAGAAAGGCAGCAGCACACCCACAGCAGUGCCGAGCAGGGUGAAGGCCGUGCUAGACAAGCAGUCGUAGUGAUUAUCAAGACGGUGGGGCCUUCUGCUCUUCUUCACAGAGAGGGGGGCGGAACCUUCUCUUGAGUAGCUCCAAGUGGGCUGUGCCUGGUCAUCCUGGUGGGGAGGAGCUGCCUUUCACCAAGCUGCAGCUGACAAGAAGCUUCAAGUAUCUUCCAGUAUCGGCGCCAUUCGGACGACGUGUUCAAACAUCCUUGGGAAAUUGAGGCGGAGGAGAACAGGACAUACAAUCUAUCAAUCUUUUGUAGUCCUAACACAAGAGACUUUGUUAAAAGAUGUGUUUUUGGUAGGACUUGCGUUAGCGGUGGCAAGGAGGGCCAGCCAUCUCAAGCUCUGAUAAUAGCCUCUUAGCAGACAAAUCUAACCCGUAAUGGAUGCAGAGUAUGUCUUAUGCAAUUGGAAAGACCAGCUAUGGCCAGCCAGAGUGUUGUCCAAGUAUGAAGUGUCAUCAAACAGUAAGAGGAAAAAUACAUUUUCCCUAGAAGUUCAAAUACUCACCCUAGAUGAAAAAAUUAAUGUGGAUAGCGCAGACACAAAGAUCCUAAGUAGAUCUGAAAUUGAAGCCCUUGCCUCCUCACUAGCAGUACAGUCAGAGGUCAGUGCUCCAUCUGAAGAAACGGCCUAUGGAAGAUCAUUAAAAGCGGCUCUGGAUAUUCUGAAUGAGAGAACAAACAUGAGUCAAGUAAGCAUUCCUGAUGAAGAAGAUAUCACUACACUGUUUCAAGAUACACCACCAAGGCAGUCUGAUCCACCCCCUCGUAAAAAGUACAGGCAACCUGAAGGCGACCUACUCAAGUGUCUCGAGGGAAGUGAAAACCCAGCAUCCCUGUCAGUAUCUUCAGAGAGUGGUGAUACCCUGGACGACGAUAAAUCAGAAAUCCAGGCAACCCUUGGUAUUAUUUCAAGUGACAUAGAAACAAAGUCAUCACAAAAUUUCAGCUAUUGCCCGUCUCUUUCCCCACUUUCAGAAGAUGAUGAAAAAGAGAGCAAGAUAAAGAUUGACAUCUCGGCAGGUAUGUUUGUGCAUGCCAAAGUCAAAGACGAGGGUGUGUGCGUUAAAGAUGAAAAGUUUCUUCCGCCUUUUCCCAAAGCGGUGAAAGACGAGGCAGAAGAUACCUGCCCAGAGGCCCUCGUUGUUUCCUCUGAAUGCUCUACAUUCUCAGAGAACUUGGAGGAUCCUGGAGAGGGUCCCUGGAAUCCGUGCGUAGACGCUGGCCAGGGUCAGCCUUCUGUGGAAUCAGAGACGGGUGCCGCGUCGUCCUCUGGGAGCGGUUCUUCGGAAUGCCAGGUUUCGGUCAGUGCCGCUAACCACGACCUGGAUUAUUCACUUCUCGUGAGUGGGGACAGAAGUCUUCUGAGGCUGGAUUCCGAGGAACAUGAAGAAGGAGCUCAAGCUUCUGACAGGCCGUCGGCUCUCAAUCCUGUCAACAUGUCUGCGUUAGAUGACGAUGAGGAAGAUGAAGUACUUCCACCCCUCGUUUUUCAUUACGAGCCACGUUCGUUUGAAACAGGCAUGAUAGUCUGGUUUAAAUAUCAGAAAUACCCAUUUUGGCCAGCUGUGAUAAAAAGCAUCAGACGAAAAGAGAGGAAAGCCAGCGUGCUUUUUGUUGAGGCAGACAUGAAUCCUGAAAAGAAAGGCAUUAGAGUAGGUUUUAGAAGACUGAAGAAAUUUGACUGUAAGGAGAAACAAGCACUAGUGGAGAAGGCCAGGGAGGAUUACAGUGAAAGUAUUGACUGGUGCAUCUCACUGAUUUGUGACUACAGAGUCAGAAUAGGUUGUGGUUCUUUCACGGGCUCUUUCCUUGAGUAUUAUGCUGCCGAUAUCAGCUACCCAGUUAGGAGAGCGAUCAAACGGGAUACCUUCAGGAACAUAUUUCCAAAGCUGAACAAUGAAGAUACUAUGGAACCAAUGGCUGUGACUUCCCAGGCCAAGAAAAUAUCCUUCCAGAAAACUCUCCCGGAUCGGAUGAAGGCUGCCCGGGACCGUGCCAACAGGAACCUAGUGGACUUCAUUGUGAACACGAAGGGAACAGAGAGCCAUCUGAUGGCAAUUUUAAACGGCACGAAAGGAUCCAGGUGGCUGAAAUCAUUUCUGAAUGCAAAGAGGUUCGCACCCUGUAUCGAAACCUACUUUGAGGAUGAAGACCAGUUGGAUGAGGUGGUGAAAUAUUUACAGGAAGUCUACAAACAAAUAGAUGAAAGAAUGCUGGCUCUGAUAAAAGAUAAGAUCAAGUUUAUCCUGGAAGUUCUUCUGCCAGAAGCGAUUAUUUAUUCAAUUUCUGUCGUCGAUGGAUUAGAUUAUAAGGCGGCCGAAGUGAAGUAUCUGAAAGGACCAUCUCUAGGCUACCGGGAAAGAGAAUUAUUUGAUGCGAAAAUCAUAUCUGAAAAGAGACGGAGAUCAUUAACAAAUGAAGCUCGUUAAAUCUCCUGGGAGUGUAAACCGUAUCAGGGAGCUUUCAUUGCUACUAGUUUAAGAAAUAACCAGAGCAGUUCUAACAGGCAAAUAUUUUCAGAAAAUGGGACAUUAGAUAAUGUGUCUGCUCUCUCAUUCACUGACCUGGGUAUCUCUCGAUCCCUGGCUGUCGCUACAUCUUCACUUCUGUUUCUUGUAGUGCCUCAAGGUCAAACUUGUCUGCAUACCUCAGCAGUCCUACUUUCUCACACAGUGUUAGAAAGCAUACUUCCUAAAUGAUUUUUAAGGGAAAGUACAAUUUUGAUUCAUGACGUUUUCGUGACUGUGCUGUAUGGUUAAGUACAGUGUGCACAAUCAUUUUGAUAUUGAAAUUGCACUGAUGUUAGACGUAUAGAGCAAGUUCAUUAGAAAAAAGUUGAAAAGAAAUGCCAGGCAUAUAUUUUUUGGCGUAAUUUUUAUAAAACAAUGGCUUUUCUCUUGAGAUAGUUGGAUUUUUUUUCUUCUGCUAUGCCUAUUUAUUCCUGGGGGGAAAAAAUAUCUCUGAGACAUAAAACCUAAUAUAGAUAUGCUUUGCUAUAUAUCAUUAUGGACUGCAAUUGCUUUUGUAAAAAAAAAAAAAAAAACUAUCUGAUAUUCACAAAUAAAGUGAAUGCCUUUUCCUGCAUGCAGUCUAUGUGGAUGUGAGUAACAUCUCAGCAUGCAGAACAUAACUUUGGCAGCCUUAAACAGGAUCGUUCAGUCUACACUUUCCUGAAAUUCCAUUUGGGGGAGUAUCGGUUCCUUCCGCCAUUGAACAGUGUCUUAGAACAGAUAGGUUUCUG